AGCGGUCCGCCAAUGGGGAGCGACGCCGCGCGCGCGGGGCGGUGGGAAUGGAGCCGAGUCACUGUGUACGUCGGUUGCCGUAACAACGGGAAGUGGAGUCCAUCCGCGAUGGCCUCUAACUUUAAGAAGGCAAACAUGACAUCAGCUGCCCAGCGGAAAAGGAUGAGUCCUAAACCGGAGCUUACUGAAGAGCAGAAACAGGAAAUUCGAGAAGCUUUUGAUCUCUUUGAUGCUGACUGCACUGGGACAAUUGAUGUUAAGGAACUUAAGGUGGCAAUGAGGGCACUGGGCUUUGAACCCAAGAAAGAAGAGAUCAAGAAAAUGAUAAGUGAAAUUGAUAAGGAAGGGACAGGAAAAAUGAACUUUAGCGACUUUUUGACUGUGAUGACGCAGAAAAUGUCUGAGAAAGAUACCAAAGAAGAAAUCCUGAAAGCUUUCAAGCUCUUCGAUGAUGAUGAAACUGGGAAGAUAUCGUUCAAAAAUCUAAAACGUGUGGCCAAGGAGUUGGGUGAAAACCUCACCGAUGAGGAGCUGCAGGAAAUGAUUGAUGAGGCCGAUAGAGAUGGAGAUGGAGAAGUCAAUGAGCAAGAGUUCCUGCGCAUCAUGAAGAAGACCAGCCUUUAUUAAGAUCAGUGUCAUCCUUUAUAGCACAAGCACGUGGAACUCGAUUUCAUGCCUGCUGUUGUGUGAAGCCUGGAUUUUGAGAAAGUAAAUCAUCUUUCCCCCACUGACCUCUCUGUUUGACUUUAGUAAUAACUCUGAAUCUAUUUUCAACUUUUUAAAGUGUUCUUUGAAAUUGAGGUUCUUUGUAAGGUGACCUACUAACUGCUUUAAUUCCCCAGGGCAGAACGAGAGCACGUUAGAGUGGAGAAAAGGGUCUUUGAGCUUUUGCACACCUGCUAUUCUGCCUUGUAUCGCUUAACUCUUGUCCCGCAUUCCCACAUUUAUGCCACCGCAGAACAACUUCUUCACAAGCACAUGUUGUACUUGUGUUACCACAAGCAGGGGGCAUCUCUUCAAUGGUUCCAAUUUUAAUUGGCACCGGAGUGCAGCUUUCUCUCUCUCUCUCUUUUUUUUUUUAUGGCACGCGGGCCUCUCACUACUGUGGCCUCUCCUGUUGCGGAGCACAGGCUCCGGACGCGCAGGCUCAGCGGCCAUGGCUCACGGGCCCAGCUGCUCCGCGGCACGUGGGAUCCCCCCAGACUGGGGCACGAACCCAUGUCCCCUGCAUCAUUGGCAGGUGGACUCUCAACCACUGCACCACCAGGGAAGCCCGGAAGUCUUUUAAUAAGCCAAGGAAUAAAAGAACAAGUAGUGGUUUGGAAGGGGGAAAAAUCACAUUACUUUGGCACAUACCAGGUGAAGGAUUAGAUAGCAUGAUCAAAGUUUCUUUUUUUCUCUUUUUUUUGUGGGACGCGGGCUUCUCACUGCUAUGGCCUCUCCCGUUGUGGAGCACAGGCUCCAGACGCACAGGCUCAGAGGCCCUGGCUCACGGGCCCAGCCGCUCUGCGGCAUGUGGGAUCUUCCCGGAUCGGGGCACGAACCCACGUCCCCUGCAUUGGCAGGCGGACUCUCAACCACUGCGCCACCAGGGAAGCCCGCAGCUUUCUCUUUUAUAAAACCCAGUGAACUCUCUUACUUGCAUUUGGAUGUGUGUGUGUGUGUAUGUGUGCACGCUAUUUGUUUUGUCUUCAAAUAAAACCUUUCUUAUUUUGA